AGUAAAUAACAGACCCAUUUAACUGACGCCUCGCGGCGCAGCGAGCUAGCGGACAGACACAUUAGGACUGAACAACAGACCAGACCUAUCUAACGCCUCGCGGCGCAGCGAGCUAGCGGACAGACACAUUAGGACUGAACAACAGACCAGACCUAUCUAACGUCGCGCGGCGCUGUCAGCUAGCAUGGCAGGGACAGAGACAAUGUCUGAUAAUACCAGACAGUCAGGAGAUUCUACGACCUGAACAACAGACACACUUCUAUCAGGAGAUUCUACGACCUGAACAACAGACACACUUCUAUCAGGAGAUUCUACGACCUGAACAACAGACACACGUCUAUCAGGGGAUACUACGACCUGAACAACAGACACACGUCUAUCAGGAGAUACUACGACCUGAACAACAGACACACGUCUAUCAGGGGAUACCACGUCCUGAACAACAGACAGACAUACUAGGACUUCUUCUAAACUACACAUGGGACUGUAAAUACUUGAUCCGGUCCAGAACUCUGAAUCAGAAUGAAGCUCAUCGAACACAUUCCACUGCUACCGUUGCUGUUCCUUUCACAGAUCGGGGCGAGUGUUGGACUGCAGAGAGCUCCUCGCAUCACAACCCUGCUGGAGACCUUGGACAUCCUGUUGGAUCACAACGCCACGUUCAUCUGUGAGGUUGACUCCCGACCGCCAGCUGAUGUCACGUGGACACGGAACAACCACCCAAUCCCAUACUAUGACUCCCGCUACACGAUCAGGGAGAAUGGCCAGAUGCUAUUGAUCCCCAACGUCAGAGAGUCUGAUAACGGGGAGUACUGCUGUGUUGCUAACAACGGCAUCGGAGAGCCGGCCAAGAGCUGCGGAGCCUUGCAGCUUAAAAUGAAGCCUCAGAUAAAAAGACACCCCACCAACAUGACGCUUCUGAUUGAGUCCAAGGCCGUGUUGCCCUGCGUGACGCUAGGAAACCCCAAACCAGACAUCUCCUGGGUCAAAGAUGACGCUCUUAUGACGGUGAGUGAUCGGAUCACGAUUCUGGAUUUUGGCGCUCUGAAGAUCCAUAACAUCAAGAAGGAAGACGCGGGGCAAUACCGCUGUGUGGCCAAGAACAGCUUCGGGAUCGCCUUCUCCAAACCAGUUACCAUAGAAGUACAGGCCCCAGCCCGGAUCCUCAGGGUCCCUAAGGAUAAGAGAGUGACCUUCGGUAGCGAGGUCUCUCUGGAGUGUAACGCCACUGGAAACCCUAUCCCCGCCAUCACAUGGUUGGAGAACGGGAAUACCGUUCCGGGUGGUUCUGUGGAGGAGACGUUAGUAGGGGAGGUGAUUCUGUCUGUACUUCACGUCACGGUGACUAAACCUGCUCGCUACACCUGUCUAGCCUCCAACAGACACAGCGCUGGGGCCAAGUCCGCCAAAUCUUCAGCCGGAGUCACUGUCCAAGAGUGGAGGCUGUAUAAAGGCAGUGCGGGUUAUUGUGGUUCGUACCGUGGUAACGUGUGUCGGGGCGUGUUAAGGAGCGAUGCCCUGGUCUUCUUUAACUCCUCCCUCAACGACCCCGAAGACACACAGGAAUUCAUGGUUCAGAGCGCCUGGGCCGACCUCGACAGACUGGGCAUGCUCUGUAGCCCUGCCGCCCACUCCCUGCUCUGUCAUCUCUCCUUCCAGGACUGCAUCCCUUCUGGCCUGGGUCCUGCACCUAAACCAAUCUGCAGGGAACACUGUCUGGCAGUGAAGGAGCUCUACUGUCGUAAGGAGUGGCUCCUGAUGGUAGGGAAGUCCCAUAAAGGCCUGUACUCCUCUGGCUCCUCCGGCCUGUCUAUCCCCCUGCCUGACUGUAUGGCUCUGCCUUCACAACACACAACACCAGGAGUCUGCACACCCAUCCCCUUUGUCGAUAUAAAGAAAGAUCAAGUCACAACAACGUGUUACAAUGACAAAGGAAGGUUCUACCAAGGACCAGUCAACAUCACCAGCUCCGGUAUCCCCUGUCAGAGAUGGAGCCAACAGGGUCCCCACCUGCACCAUCUCAGUGUGGAUGUAUUAUCAGAGCUGAGGAACGCACAGAGCUCGUGCCGGAACCCCGGAGGAGAGAAUGAGAAGCCCUGGUGUUAUACAACCAACCCCAACAUCCGCUGGGAAUACUGCAACAUUCCCAAAUGUGGAGAAGUGGUAGUGAAGACGGAGUCAUCGUUCCCUCGCCAGAAUCCACCCCUCCUCCCUCCCUCCGUCUCUCCGGCCAACUCUAUGAUCAUCAUCAUCUGUCUACUAGCAGCCUUCGCAGCCAUAGCCUUCCUCACCAUCAUCAUCAUCAUGUGCAAGAGGAGGAGGAAGACAUGGAAGAACCACAAGACAGCCAUGGAGACCCCCACCCUGACUGCCUUACCCUCUGAGAGUCUGCUGCUGGACCGCCUCCACCCCAACCCCAUGUACCAGCGCCUGCCCCUACUGCUUAACUCCAAGCUGCUGGCUCUAGAGUAUCCCAGGAACAACAUUGAGUAUGUCAGGGACAUCGGAGAGGGGGCCUUCGGACGGGUCUUCCAGGCCAGAGCCCCAGGUCUCCAGCCCAUUAAGCCCUUCACCAUGGUGGCAGUGAAGAUGCUGAAGGAAGAAGCAUCUGCUGACAUGCAGAACGACUUCCAGAGAGAAGCCGCUCUGAUGGCUGAGUUUGACCACCCCAACAUAGUGAGGCUACUAGGUGUGUGUGCGGUGGGGAAGCCCAUGUGUCUGAUGUUUGAGUACAUGUCUUACGGAGACCUGAACGAGUACCUGCGUCGCCGUAGCCCCACCCAGCAACACAGCCUGAGCCAGGCCAGCCUAUCAGGACGCAGCUUCUCCUCCGAACUGGAGUUGGGGCCACUGUGCUGCGAAGAACAGCUGUUCAUAUCCAAGCAGGUGCAACGAAAUGUGGUACAUACAGUACCAGUCAAAAGUUUGGACACACCUACUCAUUCAAAGGUGGCGGCGGGCAUGGCGUACCUGUCAGAACGGAAGUUCGUCCACCGCGACCUGGCCACCCGGAACUGCCUCGUAGGAGAGGAGAUGGUGGUUAAGAUCGCCGACUUCGGUUUAUCCAGAAACAUUUACUCUGCUGACUACUACAAGGCCAAUGAGAACGAUGCUAUCCCCAUCCGUUGGAUGCCCCCAGAGUCCAUAUUCUACAACCGUUACACCACAGAGUCGGACGUGUGGGCCUACGGGGUCCUUCUCUGGGAGAUCUUCUCCCACGGCAUGCAACCGUACUACGGCAUGGCCCAUGAAGAGGUUAUCUACUACGUUAGAGACGGCCACAUCUUGGCCUGCCCUGAGAACUGUCCUGUAGAGCUGUUCAAUCUGAUGAGACUGUGUUGGAGCGGGCACCCUACGGACAGACCAGGCUUCAGUAGUAUCCACCGCAUCCUGGAAAGGAUUCAUGAGCAGACGCUGAGACCGGCCAUGCCGACGCCGGAGUUAAAACCAUCUUCAUCCACUCUACCAACCCCAGAGUUAAGACCCACUCUAUCCACCCUGCCAUACCUGGAGUUAAGACCCACUUUAUCCAUCCUGCCAACCUUGCCUGCCCUACCUAACCUAUCUCCCUUUUCCCCCCACCCUGCCCUGUGCCCUGUGCCCGGGGCCGGAGCCGGAGCCAAUUGAUUGAUACGACAAGCUGCCAGGCAUUUACUCAAAUGUACAGUCAUUAGUGAUUUUAAUAGAUCCUGUCCCUCCCCAGAGGUAAGAUCUCUGGAUCCUGUCUCGUCUCAGACUCACAUAAUGUUUGUCAGGACAGGGGGCAUCAUUGUUCAUAUCCACUGAUUCAUGGUGAAGAAGAUCAGCGAUGGUAGACGGUAAUGUUGUUGGUCAGGACAGGGGCAGCAGACUGAUGAAAUGACAUGAACUAAGUGUACUGCCAAGACAACUGGAUAUUUAGGAGAGGCUGAUAUCGGAGUGGACGUCGUGAUUACGAGCUGUUAAUCCUCCACUGCUAUCCCUCAAACUGACAUCUGCUUCACUGCUUCAAACUGGUUCACUUCUGUUUCAAAACUAAUUCACUGGUUCACCUCUCCCAUGCCUGGAAACAAUAUUUUAGAAACAACCACCUGAUAAAGUCCAAGAGACGGAGCUGCAGCUGAACCGAGAACGUGUAAUUAAUCCACAUGGAACAAGAGACAGAGCUGCAGCUGAACCGAGAACGUGUUAUUAAUCCACAUGGAACAAGAGACAGAGCUUCAGCUGAACAGAGAACGUGUUAUUAAUCCACAUGGAACAAGAGACAGAGCUGCAGCUGAACCGAGAACGUGUUAAUCCACAUGUAACUCAUUGCCCAUACUCUAUAUAAACGUGAAUGUUUCUAGUGUGAAGCAAGCCAUGGGAAUAUUCACCCAUUCAUCUGCCACAUCUGCGAGCUGAAAGAUGACUAGAAGGGAAUAAUUAGAGGCAGAUUACAGAGGUUAGAGAGCUAAUGUACAGUCAAUUCAUUCAGUACUUAACUAGUUCAGUCAAUUCAUUAAGUACUUAACUAGUACAGUCAAUUCAUUCAGUACUUAACUAGUACAGUCAAUUCAUUCAGUACUUAACUAGUACAGUCAAUUCAUUCAGUACUUAACUAGUACAGUCAAUUCAUUCAGUACUUAACUAGUACAUCAUUGAAACAUACUGACAAUAUGCCAUCAAAUAGGCUCAGCAUAUUCCAACACCAACACAUAUUUACUGUAGUUUUAGCUUGUUGUUUUUUGCUAUUCCACUUUCGGGCAUUCUCAUUAUGUUGUACUAUUGGUCCUUUUUUUAAUCUUGUAUACUUUAUCGACAUAGCACCUUUAGAUAGAAUGAUUCUUAUAGACUUGAGCACAGCUUUCUGUGGGAGACUGUUGACUGGGUAGUGAUCAUUCUAGGUUAACAACGGUCCGUUUGAAAUGCAUUGCAACAAAUGUCUUCUAAUAAGCUGUUUGAAUUCUAAAUGUGAAUUUCUGGAGAUUUGUUGGGUGUUGUGGUGUUGAGUUGGAUAUUGAUUUGUGAAGAGUGUCAAUUAUUAUUUUAAGAUAAAUUAAACGUGUGUGAUCAUCAGCACAACAUGGAUUUAUAUGAUCAAUUAACUAAAAUGUUUUAAACCACUUGUGAACUUUUUCAAAAUGUGUGGUUUGAUACUGAUGGUUUAAAUAGAAACGUUUUUUUUUUGCUCAUCUCACAUAAAUAACGACCUGUAAGCUCAUGUAGUGUAGACCCAUCAACCCUUUACUAGCAGCAUAAAGAACCCUUAUUUCUGUGACUGUAUGUCCCAAAUGGUAUGUUAUUCCCUACAUUAGUGCACUGAAUAGGGAAUGAGGUGUAAUUUGAUUCCCUACAUUAGUGCACUGAAUAGGGAAUGAGGUGUAAUUUGAUUCCCUACAUUAGUGCACUGAAUAGGGAAUGAGGUGUAAUUUGAUUCCCUACAUUAGUGCACUGAAUAGGGAAUGAGGUGUAAUUUGAUUCCCUACAUUAGUGCACUGAAUAGGGAAUGAGGUGUAAUUUGAUUCCCUACAUUAGUGCACUGAAUAGGGAAUGAGGUGUAAUUUGAUUCCCUACAUUAGUGCACUGAAUAUGGAAUGAGGUGUAAUUUCAUUCCCUACAUUAGUGCACUGAAUAGGGAAUGAGGUGUAAUUUGAUUCCCUACAUUAGUGCACUGAAUAGGGAAUGAGGUGUAAUUUGAUUCCCUACAUUAGUGCACUGAAUAGGGAAUGAGGUGUAAUUUGAUUCCCUACAUUAGUGCACUGAAUAGGGAAUGAGGUGUAAUUUGAUUCCCUACAUUAGUGCACUGAAUAGGGAAUGAGGUGUAAUUUGAUUCCCUACAUUAGUGCACUGAAUAGGGAAUGAGGUGUAAUUUGAUUCCCUACAUUAGUGCACUGAAUAGGGAAUGAGGUGUAAUUUGAUUCCCUAGUAAAUCAUAAUUGUUGUAUUGGUCAACAUGUUUGUUACAGAUCUUGUAAGAUAGAUGGCACUGUUUCACCACAAUCACCCUCAGUUCAAUAAACGUUUGGUCCAUAAAGAAAA